AUGCUCUUGAUGAUCGGCAGGAUCUGGGUCGCCUGGAGGUACAGAGGCGACGCAGCGAUCAAUACCGCAUCGUCCGUCACUAUGCCGGGUGUACCAUCCGGAAGAGGCUGUGAUCAGUGCCGCAAGUCAAAGAAGAAGUGCGAUGAAGCAAAACCCGUCUGUACCCGAUGUGCGCGCCGCAAAAUCGAAUGUGUUGGCGCCGGCGAGAAACGCUACAAAUUCAUGGAGCAAGACCCGGCCGUCGCCAGAAAGCGAGUCCUAACACGUCAAGACGCACCGGAAUUUCGAAACGAAGUGGUUCGUCGUAUCGCGGCCAACCCGAUAAACAGUGCCACCCUCCUAGGACAGCGUCUUGUGGCGGCCAUUAAGCCGCAGACGGACUUGAGGUACAACCUGGCGUGGGCGUUUGGUGGCUAUUUGGUCCGCGUCCCCCAACGCUUGGGCGUGAACGAGGCGCUCGACGCGGCCGUCGACGCCCUCGUCACGGCCCAUCAGACCUUUGCGUCUUGCAAGGUGAUCACAGUCAGCUCGCUGACCAAGUACUCGCGGGCUCUGAAGGCAUUGAGACGGUGUCUGGAUAACCCGCUUACUGCCGGUACAUCAGAGACGCUCUGUGCGGUAUCAGUGCUGCUACUCGUCCAGAUCUACCUAGAUGCCAAGACUGACGAUGAGCAGCUCUUCGAAGGUCUGUUCAACCCACGCAUAGACUUGACUCCGACGGAAUGGACCGAGCUGGUACAGAACGAGCUCGACGCAGGGACGCCAGAGGGCGAGAUGCUCCUCAACCUGUCACGGGUCCGUGAUAUUCUGAGCCGGAUCAAGACCAACGAGCACGGCUUAGCCGGGCUGCUGAUCCUGCAGGCCGAGAUGAGGAGCCUGUACACCAAGACCCGGCAGAUCUGCGAGACAUUUCGCGCUGAGCUGCACAGAAUCGAGAAUCCCGUCCAGGACAGCCUACCGAAACCGUUCGGUCUUCCGCCGACUUUGCUCCACGCCCUCACGCAAAGAUUCUACGGUCUUGCCAUCACCAUUGCUCUGUACAUGAACUACGCUCUGGGAGCGAUAACGAGGGAUGUCGACGUCUCCGCAAAUGCCAACUAUUUCGCCCUUGAGAUGAUCACGAUCGCUGAGAAUGCCAUCCAGUAUCGGCCGUUUGGCGCGGGGUAUGUCACUGUGGGGCUGACCGCAGCACUGAUGACGGUCAAGGACCCGGGACUACGCGCCCUGCUCCAGAUCUGGUUCGACGACUACCGCGACGACUUUAACAUGCCAGACAUGGACAAAUUGCAAGAGGCAGAGAAGUUCGCUCUUUUAGACCCGUAUCGGUCGCAGCGCAUGCCGGACGUAAUGCCCGAGACGCAGGAGCAUGCUUUAUACGAGCCCAUGCCGUUGUAG